GAAAAGCAGCAGCUCCUCCAGGCUUGUCUGCGAUGACAACCGUUCGGCGGCGGCGUUGAAGGAGAUGGCCAGGGAGCAAUCCCUGGUGACGCAGCUGCGCGCUGUCGUGCUGCCGGCGAUCCAGCUAGCCGGCGGCGAGCGCGCCGAGGUCGUCGCCCAGAUGUUCGAGAGCAUACUGGACUGCUCGGCCAAGGCCAUAGCCGCGCUGAAGCUUCUUCGGCUCGAUCAUUCUCAAGUUGAUGAUGCAGUGCUGACGGCGAUGGUGGACGACAAGACGAGAGUCAGGAAGAUCGUCACAGGUGACGGAGAGAAGGACGGCGACGAUAAUGCCAAGCCCCUUCGCCGUCAGCGCAAGAGAAGGAGAUUAGCCGAUGACUCCGUGGCGCUUGAAACGCCUGUUCCUCACUACGAUGGCCACCAAUGGAGGAAGUAUGGCCAGAAGAUCAUCAACCACACAAAGCACCCUAGGAGUUACUACAAAUGCACCUACAAGCAAGAACAGGACUGUAGAGCAACGAAGACGGUGCAACAGCAGCAACAAGACGCCGGCGUCGACGAUGACCCCGCCAUGUACACCGUCGUCUACUACGGUCAACACACCUGCAAGCCCGGCCAGACCGAUGCUGCCGUCGUCGAGACGGCAAGCACCGGUAGGUGCGGUGAAGGCGGGGGAGAGGAGCUUGCACGGAGCAACAGCCAGUGUAGCAAUAUCUCAGUGACUUGCUCUUCGAUUAUCGUUGACCACCACCAGACGGCGACGGCGUCCCUCGAGAGCAGUUGCAACCUGCUGGACAUGGCGGGAGACUUGGCUACUGCAGAGGUGAACCAGUAUGAUCAGCUGUUUGACGUGGCUUCGUUUUCGCCGUUGGAUUUGGGGACGGCUUGGGCGAUAGAUGUAAGCGGGCAUGGGCUCCAAAAGUUUGGAGGCUGGUAA